AUGGCCAUUCCAGAAUAUGUUCCGCUCGAUCAACUCGAAGGAGUUCACUUUGAGUUACUAUCAAGAGCAGUGCGCAAUGUUCUCGACACUGGCAUCGCACUCAUCACCUACGCCCAGAUUAUUGACGGCCUGCCUGUCACUGAGGUCGCUUGGGACCAGUACUCCAGCAAAUACGACCCAAGCCAUCCCAUCAACAGUCACAAAGAGCUUUGCCCAGGGGCACUUGAGAAGGCCAAAGUCUUCCGCACCAACUUCGCCAUGGCUGAUGUGAAGAUUGAUCUGGAGAAACUGAAUCGGUAUCAAGAGACGAAGCCCCCUUCUCGAUCCUUUUAUCUACGUCUUAUUGAGGUGACUGUGUGCGCCCUCCAUCAAAUCGGUGUUCGCCUAUCACAGCAAGAGAACUUCCAUGAUCCUGCUGCAACCGCCGGCCAUGAUGUUGAGUCUACCACCAACUGGGAGCGACUUCUUGAUCACCUUUGCCGCGUUACCCCUUGGCCGACAAUGUUUAUUGCAACUCAAUUCACAGCUCAUAACCGGUAUCCGAAUGCAUGGACCGGUGACAACGAACCAAAUGUGUACUUUCAGUGUACCCGCGAAAGAGUCACCUUCCGCGUAUGUCAGCUCAUCGAUGCUCAACAGUCAGCCUUGAUAUCAUUUCUUUUAGCGGAUACCGAAGACGCCAUUGCCAAGUGUCCGCUCCCCAUCUUACCAACCUCUGAAAAUAGGGUUCGGAUAGACCCAGGAGAUGCUAUUCCAGUUAAGGUUUGCAAAGACAUUUGGGAAAGAAAGCAUCCCCCAAGACGGCGGAGGGCGCCGCGGCUGGAACGUCCUAAGACAACUUUAGACUAUCCAGAGUUAGAUAUUGAUGCAGAGGUUGAGCGCCUGAACAAAAUGUAA